CCCUUCACCUCGUCAUCUCCAUUUUGACGAAUGCUACUACGUGGAGGGCCACGUCAGUGUACGCCUCCCCCUCCCCAUGGAAGAGCCAUUUGAAUGAGGAACACCCCAAAGAGGAACAUCCAAAGAGGAACCUUCCCAAAGAGGCCAGAUGCCAAUUUCCCCUCAGCCGCUUAUGCCAAAGAUAUGUAACGAGGCACAAUGCAGAGGGCAUGCGAAAUGGUCGUAUCUUUGCUACGGACGGAUGCCAUGACCCAGAAGUGCCCAUUCCACGUGUUGAACGUCCAGAUACUUGAGUUGUUGCAGAAGGAGGGGCUCAUUAGGGGCUUCUCCCUCAAGGGAACCAAAAUUGACAUUCUGCUUAAACAUUACAAGGGCGCGCCGGUCAUAAGAAACAUUCGAGUCGUUUCGAAGCCAAGCAGAGACAUUUGGUUAACACCCCACGAGUUGAAAUUCCGCACGCGGUUUAACACCGGCCUGUGGGUUAUGCAAACCAGCUGUGGAGUGAUAAGCCACAGGGACUGCAUUCGAAUGGGGGUUGGUGGCAAAAUGCUCUUUGCCGUUAAUAAUGGGUAUCAGCAUUUUUGCUAGUUUUUUUUUUCCUCCUUUUUGUGGAAAAUUUUACAAAAGUGGGGAAUAUCCCCAGUUGCGAUUUUUCUACUUCCAAAAGGGGACCGCACAUGGGGCAUGACACAUGAGGCAUACUCGCAAUUGCGCAGUUUGUGAAGAUGUGCCAAGGGCACACUUAGGUGUGCUUCUUCCCUGGCUCCCUUUUCAUCAACAAGCAGAAAAAAAAAGGACGUCCCUGGUGGUGUUGCAAACGGGGUGCGGCUACUUUCUGUGUGCCAGUUUUGGCAACAAAGGUGAAUUGCGGAGUGAUUUAUUACGCAUAGUGAUUUGCCACACGGGGAGGGGCACAAAAUUUACGAUAAAAAAGGGGGGGGAAAAAGUUUGGCCUCCCCAUAUGUAUGUGUGCACAUGUGCAUGUACACAGUCAACACGUUCCUUCCCUGUGCAAGUUGCCCACUGAGAUAGAAUGCCCCUACGUGGAACACUUGGCAGCAGCGCCCAUUCGAAGGUUCCCUUUUUUUCCCCUUUUGAGGAGGUGGGCCCUGCUGUGCAAAGUUA